AUGUAGAACUUGCAAGGAAAAAAAAAAAAAACAACCCUAAACAAAAACAAUAGACUUUCGACAGCCUCCUAAAAUAUCUACAGUGUUUGACCCGUGGUUGGUAUAUGUUGGAAAUUGCGGCAGAGACUCGCAGAGUGAGAGAGAAUGGCGAACCCAAUUCGUUUUUUUGUGCUGAACACAGGCGCCAAGAUGCCUUCGGUCGGCUUAGGAACAUUCCGCACCGAACCUCAUCUCACCGUCGACCUCUUCACCACUGCCAUUAAGGUUGGGUAUCGUCAUAUUGAUUGUGCUCAAAUGUAUGGCAACGAGAAGGAGAUUGGUGAUGCUCUGAAGAAGCUGUGUGAUGAUGGGAUGGUGAAGCGUGAGGAUUUAUGGAUCACUUCCAAACUCUGGUGUACUGAUCAUGAACCAGAAGAUGUACCAAAAGCAUUUAAUAAAACUUUGCAAGACUUGCAACUUGACUAUCUGGAUCUUUAUCUUAUCCAUUGGCCAGUCAGCAUAAAAAAUGGAAAGCUCACUCAACCUAAUAUACCUGCUACUUGGAAAGCAAUGGAAGCACUCUAUGAUUCAGGCAAGGCCAGGGCUAUUGGAGUCAGCAAUUUCUCUUCAAAGAAGCUCGGGGAUCUCUUAGAGGUGGCACGGAUACCUCCUGCUGUUAAUCAAGUGGAGUUGCACCCUCAGUGGCAGCAACCUAAGCUACAUGCUUUCUGUCAAUCUAAGGGAGUUCACUUAACUGCAUAUUCACCAAUGGGAAAGAAAAAGGUCCUUGAGCAUUCUAUUGUGAAAAUGGUGGCAGAAGAAUUGGGAAAGACUCCUGCUCAAGUAGUUCUUCGGUGGGGGUUGCAAAUGGGUCACAGUCUAGUGCCUAAAAGCUCAAAUCAGACCAGGAUUCAGGAAAAUUUUGAUCUUUUUGAUUGGUCUAUACCCGAACACUUGCUUGCCAAGUUUUCUGAAAUUAAGCAGGAGAAGCUUAUUCAAGGUACUGGUUUUGUGCAUGAGACUCUUGGUGCAUAUAAGACCCUGGAAGAACUCUGGGAUGAAAAGUUGUGAGCAGCUUGUUCGAGUACGUUAUACACGUGCUACUGGUGUUAAUGGUUUAGACCUGAUUUGUAAACCCACUUAUCUGUAACGAUUGUAAACCCAUUUAUCUGGAAAAUAUGUUUGCAACUGAAAUCAGCAUAUUAACCCAUUGGUAUUGUGAUGGUGGAAGUGUUGUGACCUUA